AUGCCUAUUUCUGAGCUUUACGAUCUCGACAAGGGUUACGUUGUCGACGACACUUUAGUUGUUGUGGCUGAUGUUUCUGUGAAUCAUGUCGGGGAUAAUUACUUGGCUUGUGAUUCAAAGAAAGAGACCAGUUUUGUAGGGUUGGAGAAUCAGGGCGCAACUUGUUACAUGAACUCUCUUCUCCAAACGUUGUACCAUAUUCCUUACUUUAGAAAAUCCGUUUAUCACAUGCCAACCACGGAGAAUGAUGAGCCUUCAAAAAGUAUUCCUCUUGCUCUUCAGAGUUUGUUUUAUAAGCUUCAGUGUACUAUCACAAGUGUUGGGACCAAAGAGUUGACCAAGUCUUUCGGGUGGGACAGAUCUGACUCUUUCACGCAGCAGGAUGUUCAGGAACUGAAUCGGGUUUUGUGUGAAAAGCUUGAGGAUAAGAUGAAGGGAACUGUGGUUGAAGGGACGAUGCGGAAGUUGUUUGAAGGGAACCUGAUGAACUAUAUCGAAUGCAUCGACGUCGAGUUUAAAUCGACGAGAAAGGAGACGUUCUAUGAUCUUCAGCUUGAUGUCAAAGGCUGCGACGACGUGUACGCGUCGUUCGAUAAGUAUGUGGAAGUUGAACGUCUUGAUGGUGAGAAUAAGUACCAAGCUGAAGGACAUGGCUUGCAAGAUGCUAAGAAAGGUGUUCUUUUCACCGACUUCCCUCCUGUGCUUCAGCUUCAUCUCAAGCGGUUUGAGUAUGACGUUUCGAGUGAUUCAAUGGUUAAGAUAAAUGAUCGGUAUGAGUUCCCUCUCCAACUCGAUCUUGAUAGGGAGGACGGCAAGUAUUUGUCUCCUGAUUCGGAUAGAAGUGUCCGAAACCUAUACACACUUCAUAGUGUUCUGGUCCACAGCGGCGGCUUACGAGGUGGACACUACUACGCUUUCAUCAGGCCAAAUCUAGAUGAUCAAUGGUAUAAAUUCAAUGAUGAAAGAGUUACCAAAGAGGAUGAGAAACAGGCGUUGGAAGAACAGUACGGCGGUGAGGGAGAAUAUCUAGGGUUCAAUAUAAAUCCCGUCAAAUUCACGAAAUCUUCAAGCGCAUAUAUGCUUGUGUAUAUUCGGGAAAGCGACAAGGAUAAAAUUAUUUGCGAUGUCGAUGAGAAGGACAUUGCGGAACACCUCAGGGUAAGAUUGAAGAAGGAGCAAGAAGAGAAGGAGACAUGGAGAAGAGAUAUAGCCGAGGCACACCUAUAUACCAAAGUCAGGAUCGCCCAUGAUGAGGAUCUGAGACGGCAGAUUGGGAAGGACGUGUAUUUUGGCCUAGUUGACCUAGACAAAACUCGGAGUUUCCGGGUACAUAAACGGAUGCCUUUUAGUGCUUUCAAGGAGGAGAUUGCCAGGGAAUUCGGUGUACCGGUUGAAUGCCAGUGUUUUUGGUUGUGGGCAAGGAGAUACACUAACCGUCCCCGUCGUCCGUUAACACCUCAAGAGGAAGCACAAAAGGUUGGUAAGCUGACGAAUCAUUUAACCAUGACUUAUGAUGCUGAACUUGAACUGUUCUUGGAAGUGGAGUAUGAUGUGGAUUCACGUCCUGUGCCACCGCCGAAAAAAGCACAAGAAAAUACACUUAUUUUCUUUAAGCUAUAUGAUCCUGAAAAACAGGAGAUUCGAUACGUGGGGAGGUGUUAUGUGAAGAAAUCUGGGAAGAUAGCUAAACUCCUGAGUAAAGCAAAAGAGUUGGCUGGAUGUUCUGAUGAUGAAGAGAUUGCAAUUUUUGAGGAAUCCAGAAUGGAGUCGAAAGUAAUGUGUAAACGGCUUGAUACAUCGUCUUUGUCCCGAUCAAGCUGGAUUGAAGAAGGAGUUAUCAUCUGCUUUCAAAAGGUUGUUUUAUCGGAACAGAAAGAACAACUUCCUUAUCCCGAUGUUCCUUCAUAUUUCGAAUAUGUCCAAAACCGAUUGGUUGUACAUUUUCGAAACCUCGAAAAGCCGGACGAGGAUGAUUUUUGUCUGGAGUUGGUAAAGAACAACACUUAUGAUGAUGUGGUAAAGAGAGUAGCAGAGAAGAUUGGUUUGGACGAUCCAUUGAAAAUCCGACUUACUUCCCACAAUUGCAUCACUCAAAAACCUGAUUACGAUUUCAUCAAGUAUCGACCUCUCGAACGCUUGGGAAAUAUGCUUUCCAGCCACUUCCAGGUUUCCAAUAUUCUUUACUACGAGGUUCUAGAGAUUCCUCUACCGGAAUUACAGUCUCUGAAAACACUGGAAAUCGCAUUUCACCCCACCAUGAAAGAUAAGGAGGUUACUAUCCUCAAAGUUAAGGUACCAAAAACGAGUACUGUUGAAGAUGUACUCAAAGAAGUAAAAACAAAGGUGGGCGAGAAGGAGUUGUUGACUCAAUCAGAUGCAGAACUAAGAUUGUUUCUGGUUUACGAGCAUAAGAUACUUAAGAUCUUUACCCUCGCCGACAAGAUUGAAAACGUUUAUGGUCAACUCCGGGCUGAGGAGAUUUUGGAAGAAGAAAAGAACCUUGGUCCUAAUGAUCGAUUAAUUCAGGUAUACCAUUUUACAAUGAAAUCAACUUAUUUUAUUACACACUUUGGAGAACCAUUUUUUCUGGCUGUUCAUGAGGGUGAGACUUUGGAAGAAGUUAAGAUGCGGAUUCGGAAGAGGUUGCAGGUUCCAGAUGAGAAAUUCUCAAAGUGGAAGUUUGCUACUAAUGUAUCAUUGUUCCGUCCGGCAUAUCUUGAAGACACGGACGUUGUAUUGGAUCAGUUUCAUCAUAGGAGAAAUGUUUAUGGCACUUUUCAGCAAUUCCUUGGUUUGGAGCAUUGUGAUUCAACUCCUCCUAAAACUGCCGCCGGUUCAUGCGUAACACCUCCGAACCCCCACACUUCCGAGAAGACGGUGAUGGAGGUUGAGAUGCCGGCGUCCCAACCGGAAUCCGAGGAUGAUACAGAACAUUGGUUUUAUUGGCCCAUUAAGAACUUUUCUCAAAGAUUGAAGACGAAGAAGCUCUUUUCCAAGGAAUUUGAAGUCGGUGGCAACAAAUGGCGGGUCACGACUAUCCCCAAGUGUAACAACGUCAACACCAAUGAGGACUACUUGUCCAUUUUUCUAUGUGUCGCUGAUUCCGUUAACCUGCCUCUUGAUUGGAGUUACCCGGCCCUGUAUAGCUUGGCCAUCGUCGAUCAAAUCGACGACGACCGCACCGUCAUGCAGUGCGAGUCGAAAAGGUUCAGUCGACUGUACUCAGAAGGCGGGUUCAGGUAUUUUAUGACUCUUAGAGAACUUCGAAAUCCCAAUAAAGGGUUCCUUGUCAAUGACACUCUUCUUGUGAAAUUCAAAGUCGAAGCUGAUUCUGAUGAGGAUGAAGAAGUUAAAGAUUGCUGGACAUAUGAUUCAAAGAAAGAGACCGGAUUUGUAGGGUUAGAGAAUCAGGGAGCAACUUGUUACAUGAACUCUCUUCUUCAAACCUUGUACCACAUUCCUUACUUCAGGAAAUCCGUUUAUCACAUGCCAACCACGGAAAACGAUGUGCCUUCCAAAAGUAUUCCUCUUGCACUUCAGAGUUUGUUUUAUAAGCUUCAGUGUACUAAUACAAGUGUUGGGACCAAAGACUUGACUAAAUCGUUUGGUUGGGACACAUCUGAGUCGUUUAUGCAGCAGGAUGUCCAGGAACUGAAUCGGGUUUUAUGCGAAAAGCUCGAGGAUAAGAUGAAGGGAACUGUUGUUGAAGGGACAAUCCAAGAGUUGUUUGAAGGGCACCAGAUGAAUUACUUCGAAUGCGUCGACAUAAACUUCAAGUCUACCAGAAAGGAGUCUUUCUAUGAUCUUCAACUUGAUGUCAAAGGCUGCGACGACGUGUACGCGUCCUUUGAUAAGUAUGUGGAAGUUGAACAACUUGAUGGUGAGAAUAAGUACCACGCUGAGGGACAUGGUUUGCAAGAUGCUAAGAAAGGUGUUCUUCUCACCGACUUCCCUCCUGUUCUUCAGCUUCAUCUCAAGCGGUUUGAGUAUGACGUUUUGACUAAUUCAAUGGUUAAGAUCAAUGAUCGGUAUGAGUUCCCUGUCCAACUCGACCUUGAUAGGGAGGAUGGCAAGUAUUUGUCACCUGAUUCGGAUAAAAGUGUCCGAAAUCUCUACACACUUCACAGUGUUCUGGUCCAUAGGGGCGGCGUACGAGGUGGACAUUAUUAUGCUUUCAUCAGGCCGGCUCUGGGUGGCCAAUGGUAUAAAUUCAAUGAUCAAAAAGUUACCAAAGAGGAUGAGAAACAGGCGCUGGAGGAGCAGUAUGGCGGCAAGGAUACUUUUUCGAAUGCAUACAUGCUUGUGUACAUUCGCGAAAGCGACAAGGAUAAAAUUGUUUGCGAUGUUGAUGAGAAUGACAUUGCUGAACACCUGAGGAUAAGGUUGAAGAAGGAAGAAGAAGAGAAGGAGGAAAAGUUAAGUUAUGAAUCUAAGGCUCGCCUUUUUACCAACAUCAUGGUCGCCAGUGAUCAGGAUCUGAGAGAACAGAUUGGGAAGGAUAUACAGUUUGACCUGGUUAAUUUUGAUAAAGUUAGAAGCUUUCUGAUACCAAAAGAAUUGCCUUUUCGUUUUUUCAAAGAAGAGGUAGCCCGAGAAUUGGGUAUCCCUGUUGAAUACCAGCGGUUUUGGAUUUGGGGGGAGAGAGAGAACGAGACUUACCGUCCUGAUCAGCCAUUAACACCUCUAGAGGAAGAGUGGUCGGUCGGUUGGCUGAGCAAAGAAGUUUCAAUCACUAAUCAAAGCAUUGAACUUGAUUUGUUUCUGGAAGUUGAGUACAACCACGAUUUAAUUCCUCUGCCUCCACCGGAAAGGACUUCCGAAGAUAUCCUGAUUUUCCUUAAGUUCUAUGAUCCUGAGAAGAAAGAGCUUCGAUAUGUGGGCAGGUUAUUUGUCAAGAGUUAUGAAUGCCCUGAUGAAAUCAUGGAAAAGCUAAAUGAGUUGGCUGGAUCUUCUAUAGAGGAAGAUAUCGAAAUCUUUGAGGAACGUCAAUUUAAACCAGAGGUAGUAUUUAAACGGCUCGAUAUAUGUGGUUCGUUCAAAUCCAAUGGGAUUGGAGAUGGGGAUAUCCUCUGCUUUCAAAAGCUCCUUUCACCAGAACUUAAAAGACAACUUCCAUAUCCCGAUGUUGUUUCCUAUUUCAAAUACCUCAAGAAUCGACAGGUUGUACGUUUUCGAAGCCUGGAAUAUCCGAAGGAGGAUGAAUUCUGCCUGGAGCUGGCAAAGAAUCACGGUUAUGAUGAUGUGGUGAACAGAGUAGCAGAGGAGCUCGGUCUGGAUGAUCCAUCCAAAAUUCAGCUCACAUCCCACAAUUCCUACACUCAGAAACCGAAGCCUGAAUUCAUUCCACACGGAUCCGCUGAACACUUGUCGGAGAUGCUUGUCCAUUACGGUCUGGGUUCAGAUAUUCUGUACUAUAAGGUACUAAACAUUCCUCUGCCGGAGUUGCAAUCGUUGAAAACGCUGGAAAUCGCAUUUUGCUCCGCCACGAAAAGAGAUGAUCAGAUGGGUGGUGAACUUCAAAUUCUCAAUGUUGAGUUACCAAAGAAGAGUAUUGUAGAAGAUGUACUGGAAAAGAUAAAAACAGAGGUUGAAUUGUCUCAACCAAAUGCAGAGCUUAGAUUGGUUGAGAUUGUAUUCAACAAGAUAACCAAGAUCUUUCCUCUGGAACAGAGUAUUGAAAAUAUGAGUGAUUAUUGGUGGAUCAAACGUCGCGCCGAGGAGAUUCCGGAGGAAGAAAAGAACAUUGGCCCUGGUGCCCACCUGAUUCGUGUAGUCUAUUUCACUGUGAAAAAAGCAGCAUUUGGACAACGUGAAUUCUUCGGAGAACCCUUUUUCCUGGUCGUUCAUGAGAGGGAAAAAUUAGGUGAAGUGAAGUUGCGGAUUCAGAAGAGGUUGCAGGUUCCGGAUGAGGAGUUUUCAAAGUGGAAAUUCGCUGAAAUAUCACAUGGAUCGCAGAAUUAUAUUGAAGACAGGGAGAUUGUAGUUAAUAGGUUUAAGAGGAAAGGUGAUUUUAGUGAAUUCGGGCAGCAGUACCUUGGGUUGGAGCAUCCUGAUAAUACUCCUAAAAGAGCCUGCCUUAGGAAUCGCCCUAGGGAAGUCGGUUUAAUCGAUAGGAAGCGUUGGCGUGGUUUUGGCCCUCGUCAAGUUGCACGCCACCCGUGCACGAAACUUUGCCAAGACAUCACAUCCAAUGAAACAAAAGUUUGCACUUUUGCUGAAGUGUCCUGGCACAUCACUCCAAGGACUGCUGGCUCAUCAUCCGCGGCAAGGUAA